AUGGCGUCCGGCAGCAGCAGCCUGUUCUCUGAGGAGCAGUUUCUUUGUCCCAUUUGUCUGGACGUGUUCACCCGCCCCGUUUCCACUCCGUGCGGACACAACUUCUGCAUGGCCUGCAUCGGCUCCUACUGGGACGGGGCGCUGUGCCAGUGUCCCGUCUGUAAGGAGAGCUUCCCCAGGAGGCCUGACCUGAAGGUCAACACUUUCAUUUCCGAGCUGGCCGCCCAGUUCGUGUCGCUCCAGGUGGGCGAGGCCGGCGUCCAGAGCGCCGGGCGGCCGCCGGCGGGCCCCCCGGUCCCGUGCGACAUCUGCACCGACGCGCAAAGGGAGGCGGUCAGGUCCUGCCUGGAGUGCCUGAGCUCGUACUGCGACGUCCACCUGGAGCCCCACCGCCGAGCGGCCGGCCUCAAAAAGCACACGCUGAUCCCGCCGGAGGCCGGCCUGGAGGGGAGGGUCUGCGGGAGCCACGGCCGGCUGCUGACGCUGUUCUGCGCGGAGGACGGCGCCCCGCUGUGUGCCGCCUGCGCCGCCUCGCACCGCGCUGACCACCGGGUGCUGCCCGUGCCGCGGGCGUACCAGGAGGCCAGGGUCCAGCUGGGUCAGGCCCAGGCCCGGGCGCAGGGGUUGCUCCAGGAGAGGCUCCGCAGGGCGCAGGGCGCCAGGGAGGCGGCGCGGCGGAGCGGGGCCGAGACGGAGCGGCUGAGGGACGCCGGCGUCCAGGAGCUGGCGGCGCUGGAGGCCGCGGUCAGGAAGGCGCGGGCGGAGCUGGCCGCCGCGGCGGAGGAGAGGCAGAGGGCGGUGGAGGAGCGGGCCGAGGGUUUGGCGGGCGAGGCGGAGCGGGAGAUGGUCGAGCUGCACGCCGCCGCCGCCGCGCUGCGCGAGCUGGAGCAGAACCAAGACCCGCUGGACUUCCUGCGGAGCUGGGCGCCGCGCCGCCCGCCCCCCGCCGCCGCCGACCCCUCCCCGGUCAGCUUUAACCCGCACCUGGAGGUCCAGCACGCCGGGGCGACGCUGAAAAAGCUGUUCUCUCAGCUGCGUGCUCUGCUGGACGCCGUAAACGCGGAGAUUAGCAGGUUCUCCAGCGGCGCCGGCGGCGCCCCGGACGAGGCGGCGCUCCGCUACGCGCAGCGGCACGAGGUGCGCGUGGAGCUGGACCCCGACACGGCCCACCCCCUGCUCAGCCUGUCGGCCGACGGGAGAGGGGUGCGCUACAACGCGGGCGCCGGCCUGUGGGCCAACCAGCUGCCCAAGCCCGGCAUGUUCACCGAGCACCUGGCCGUCCUGGCCCGCGAGGGCCUCCCCCUGGGUCGGUCCUACUUCGAGGUCAGCGUGGGCCGGAAGACGGAGUGGUGCCUGGGCGUGGCCGCCGCCUCCGUCCAGAGGAGGGGCGCGCUGGUGCGCGACCCCUCCAGCGGCCUCUGGGCCAUCUGGUUCCUGGAGGACCGGUUCGAGACCUUCAGCUGCCCGGCGGUCCCGGUGCACGCGGGGAGAGUGGAGCGGGUGGGCGUGUUCGUGGACUACCCCAACGGUCAGGUCAGCUUCUUCGACGUGGACAGGGCGACGGCGAUUCACUCGUUCGCGGACUGCGUCUUCACCGAGGAGCUCUACCCGUACUUCAAUCCCUGCGACAACGAGUACGGCGCCAACUUGGAUCCCAUGGAAAUCGUCCCGGUUUGUCCUACAGAGUGA